CUUCCCCACGCCGCGGUUGUGGGGAUGUCGCCAGCGGGGAUCUCGGUCGGAGAAAGCGGCGAACUCGCAAUGCGCUCUGCGCUGAUUUAAAAGGCUACCAGGUACGCCGUCGCAACUUUGUAGGAAUCCAAAUCAAAGCACAUUCUAAAAAUCAGUCAUCAUGUCUCCCAAGGGCCCCUUCCGUCUCGUCACCGUCAACACUGCUCCCGAGAGAGCCAAGCGCCUGAUCGGCCGCCUUAUCGAGGCUCUCAAGGACCGCUACACUAUCAUCCACGUUGACAACUGCGAGAAGAUCGAGGAGGUCGAACCCAAGGUCAAGGAGCACAUGCCUGACGUUCUGUUCAGCGCUUCCAUGUGGACUGCCGAGCAGGCUCAGGAGAUCCACUCCAUUGCUCGUUCGAUCAACCCCACCAUCAAGCUCCACGCCAUCCCCGAAGGCCUCCAGGUCGAGCGCGGCCCCGAUGCCAUCGUCGAAUACCUUGUCGAGAAGGUCCCUCCGUUGUUGGAUGCUUAAUUGGACACGAUUCCUGAGGUGUGAGGGUGCCAGGGGCAACUCACAGAUUAUGUGGUGGAAUUGAUGAUACUCUACGUCCUGUAUAUAGUUUACUUCCCAACAAUGUCUGCGAAAUCGCGACUACGCAAUCCAUGCA